GUUGCAGAGCAUGCCCUUGACUUCCUACGAGAGGUGAUAGCGGAUAAGUAAACGCAGGCACCUGGGAGGUCACUAAAAUUUCUGAAUUGACGGGGAAAUUUCUCGCCAUGGGGUUCGUACCAGACGAGGCAAAGUCUCUCCCUCCCCCGGGAGUCGUCAACAGGAACUCGGUGUGGCUGGCCGGUGUAGGCUGGUGCUCCGCUUUGCUUCAUAAUGCCAUUAACCACAGGCCGCCGCUAAAAUCAGGUGCUCAUAGACAAGUCCUGCUGGCAACAAUUGGUUGGUUCAUCGGUUACCACCUUACAAAGUAUGAAAAUUACACUUAUGCCAAACUUGAUCGAGAUAUGAAUGAGUAUAUAAGACUCCACCCAGAGGAAUUUGCAGCAAAGGAGAAAAAGACCUUUGCAGAGAUUGUUGAGCCUUUCCAUCCUGUACGCUAAAUGUCGGCGGCUGGUGAGAUGGAAGAGGGGAAGGAAAGAGAAAACAUUUGCAGACUCGAUUGGUCUUUUUGUGAACUCUUUCUGUCAUUUAUUGUGUGAAAUAUAGCUAUGUAAAUAAAGAAAACAACCCACA